CGAGAGAAGAGAAGAGUGCGCGUUGAUUAAAGUUACAGAGCUAAGAGAACUAGCAGUGGAGGUAGAUAUUGCUGGUACUUGGGAUACACUUAGCUUCAAUGCUAAAAUAAUAAAAUAAAGAUAAUCGCGCGACACUUAAUAGUUGUUUUCGUCAACUCCAAGUAAUUUAUAGAAAUACCUUUGGGAGAGCUCACCCAUGCAUGAAAGAUGAGCAUGCAAUCGGUGACUCUGUAUCACCAAUCGAUCAAAGAUUCCUAAUAGUUGAUCUUGGAGUGCUUAGUGGAACACACCCAAGAUGCUCCGCUUGCUGCAGUCUCUAGUUGUUCUAGCCUCCCUCCGCCUAGGAUGGGGCUAGGCUAUCGUUUCCUCUGACCAGCUCAAUAUGACUCUAUACAAGCGGAUGCCCGCCCUGUAUCAGCUGGACGACUACGACCUCUGCCUGGGAAGCGACUCCCACACCUACUGCCUGGUCUAUGCCGAGAUCGUGCCGAAUGCCAGCUCCACUCUGUGGGAGCAAAUCGAAGGUCUCUCCCGUGAUGUCAAGCAUCGCUUUCGGCACGAUCGGCUCUUCAGAGGUAUCUGCCUGGAGCGCUGUCAGCUGGAUCUUCAGCAGUUGUACGAUGGAGGGGUCCUGGAUGAGGACCUGAGCUCCUACUAUUCUAGAGUGCAUGGACGAUCUGCGCCAGAGCGACUGCUCAACGAUCCACUGGUCAAUAGCUGUUUGAAUCUGGAAUUUAGCCAGAAAUACUCCUUGCGUGUGCGCAGCCUCAUCGAGUUAAGUCGGGCGAAAGCUUGCCGCACGGCAAGUAUCUCACACCUGCACAGAGAUUCCAAAGUGGAUUAACACUCACUGUUCUAUUCCGCAGAUGUCCUUGAUCUGACUGUUUACGCUCUUAUAGCUGUAAUCCUGCUGAUCACUGUAUUCUCCACCCUCUAUGAUCAUCUUCUGAGCAAGCACGACUCCCAGGCGGGCAACCUCUUCUAUCAGCAGUGACCACAGCAUCGUAGUAGGUAGUGCCUUCACUGGAGGUGUGCAUUCU